CGCAAGGCUGAAGGCGGAGGUCCAUACUUCAACUCUCUCCCCGUGCACUACAACUUCCCCAAUCCUCAACCUCCAAUCCCCCGCCAUUCCAACAAGCCAACGGCUACACUCUAUUACCCCUUUGAAGCUGUGCUCAAUAAUGAGGUAGCCACCUACAAUUUGACCCAUGGCACUCGAUACGUCGAACGGCUAUGCGGCCGCAAGCACCUUUCACGAUCUCAACGAGCCGUCCCUGCCCAUAUUCAACAUCGAGCGGGUUCAGCUGCAGUUCUCAAUCGGCUCCGACUUCGUCGCUGCUCAGGUCGCCAACAAUGUCCUCGUUCUCGCUCUCUCGAGUGGCCGCAUCCUGCGCAUAGAUUUAGACAAUGCCGAGGAUAUAGAUGACAUUGACCUGCCCAAGAAGACGUCCGAGAUUGGCGUGAUACGGCGCAUGUUCUUGGACCCGACUGCCUCGCAUCUCAUUAUCAGCACGAGCUUGGGCGAAAACUAUUACCUCCAUACGCAGUCCCGACAGCCGAGACCGCUUUCACGACUCCGUGGCGUUUCCAUCGAGUGCGUGGCUUGGAACCCGUCCCUUCCAACGGCCUCGACGAGGGAGAUACUCAUAGGCACGACUGAUGGGAACAUAUACGAAGUCUACAUCGAGACCUCGACCGAGUUCUACCGCCGAGAGGACAAGUACUUGAAGUCGCUCCAGAAGCUCCCAGAUGGAGCAAUUACUGGUCUUUGGGUUGACACCGUCCAACCCGGCAAGGCAGAUAUACGGAGAGUCAUGAUUGCAACACGGGGUAGAUUAUUGCAUCUAGUUGGCAAAGCUACAAGGUCCGGUACCGAAGGCGGCGGUUCUAUCUAUGCGAAACUGUUCGAGUCCGAACAGCCAACAGUCCACGAGAUAUCUCGAAUAUCCUCAACUUUUACCUCGUCACUCGUUGUAUCACCGGACUCGCCUGAUGCCUCGUCACCUGAGGCACUGGUGCCGGAUCGUACCUAUGCUUGGCUGUCGUCUCAGGGAGUGUUCUACGGGAAGCUCCUCUCCACCCCAGUUACUUCAGAGUUAGGAAGCAAAGUAUUUGCGGAGUCAAAGAUCCUUCCUAUAUCACAACUCCCUAUAGGCGAGUCAGCAUCUGGAAGAGCGAAACCUGUCCAAGAAGGCGUUGAUGCUAUCGCCUUGACCCAAUGGCAUAUUUUGCAUCUCGUCGGCGGGCGCAUAGUCGCCAUAAACAGACUGGAUGAUACUGUCGUGUUCGACCAAAUCGUGUUGGACCCUGGACAGCAGGCAGUAGCAUUACUUGCUGAUCAACAAAAGAAUACAUUCUGGCUGUUUACGACAACUGAGAUUUUUGAAAUUGUCGUCACAGAAGAAGAUCGAGACAUAUGGAAGGUCAUGCUUCGGAAUGAGCAUUUCGAUGCUGCACUGCGAUAUGCAAGGUCGCCAUCGCAAAAGGAUGCCGUAGCUACUGCCUCGGGUGAUUACCUGAUCGGCAGAGGGCAAUACCUGGAAGCCGCCGGUGUCUAUGGAAAGAGCAGCAAGCCGUUCGAGCAGGUUGCCUUGGCUCUCAUCGAACAUGAUCAGCAAGAUGCUCUCCGAAAGUAUCUGUUGACUAAAAUUGCCACCUUCAAAAAAUCCUCGGUCAUGCAGAGGAUCAUGCUGGCAAGUUGGCUUGUAGAGAUAUUCAUGUCGAAGCUCAAUUCGUUGGACGAUACCAUUGUAACGAAAGCCGAACUGUCCGAGUCGCUCAGCCCAGAGCAGACCCAAAGCCAACUGGAGACGAUUAAAACUGAGUUUCACGAAUUUGUGACAAAGUAUAAAAACGAUCUCGAUCGCAAGACCACGUAUGAUAUUAUCAGCAGCCAUGGAAGGGAGGAGGAGCUCCUUUUCUUUGCCAGUGCUGUCAACGAUCAUAACUAUGUUCUUGGAUACUGGGUCCAAAGAGAACGUUGGCCAGAAACACUCAAUGUUCUCAAGAAACAGACCGAUGCCUCGAUAUUCUAUCGAUACAGCAGCGUUCUUAUCACACACGUUGCCGCCGACUUAAUCGACAUCCUAAUGCGCCAUCCGACAUUGAAAACACGCGACCUGAUUCCUGCUCUCUUAACCUACAAUCGAACCUACAACGGGCCGCUAUCGAAGAACCACGCAGUCCGAUACCUUCUUUUCACCAUUAAUACCCUCAACUCCACCGACGCCGCCGUCCAUAACACCCUAAUUUCCAUAUGCGCGUCGCACCCUUCUCCCGAUGAAUCCACCCUCUUAUCCUACCUUGAGUCUCAAGGAGACACCCCCUCCUUCGACUCCGACUUCGCCCUCCGCCUCUGCAUCCAGCACUCCCGCAUCCAAUCCUGCGUUCACAUCUACAGCACAAUGGGCCAAUACCUCCAAGCCGUCACCCUAGCCCUCUCUCACAACUCCAUCGACCUUGCCUCCUCUAUCGCCAACCGACCCACCCUCCCCUCUCUACGCAAGAAGCUCUGGCUCCUCGUAGCCAAAACCGUCAUCGGCGAGAGCGACGGCAUCGCUACAGCCCUCGCCUUCCUCUCGCGCUGUCCCCUCCUCAAGAUCGAGGACCUGAUCCCCUUCUUCCCGGAUUUCGUCGUCAUCGAUGAUUUCAAGGACGAAAUCUGCGACGCCCUCGAGGGUUACUCGCGAAGUAUCGACGCGUUGCGCGAGGAGAUGGACAGCAGCGCCCGCACCGCCGCGCACAUCAAGGACGAGGUCGCUGCUCUGGGCGGGCGCUACGCUAUCGUCGAGCCGGGCGAGAAGUGCUAUGUGUGCUCGCUGCCGCUUCUAGCAAGGCAGUUCUUCGUGUUUCCGUGCCAGCAUGCGUUUCACUCAGAUUGCCUGGGCAGGAAGGUCGUGGAAGGAGGUGGGAAGGCUAAAUCCAACAGGAUUAGAGAGUUGCAGGCGCUGGUGGGGAAGGGAAUGGUUGGGGGUAAGGGGAGGGAGGAGGCGGUUAGAGAGUUGGAUGCUUUGGUAGCAGAGAGCUGUAUUUUGUGCAGCGAGUAUGCGAUUAAGCGAGUCGACGAACCGUUCGUGACUGAGGCGGAUGAUGGAGGAGACUGGGCGCUUUGAGCGUAGAUGGGCAGCAGUAUGCUUGAAUGGUCAUGGGCCGAUGGUGAUAUUUUGGCGUUCAUUGACCUAGAACAUACAACAUCGUCAUAUACCAAAAUGCAAGGAAGAUAUACUAUUCAU